CAGGAGGAGGGCCCGGGGAAAGGCGGGAAGCGGGCCCUGGGGCGGGCGGCCGCCUGAGGAGAUGGCGGCGUGGCGGCGCCGUCGCGGGGGGCUGCCCCGGGAGGGCGGACCGCUCCCCGCCCGCCUGCGCCGGGGCGCGGAGGUGUGACCGCUCCUGCGGCCGUUCCGCGGCGCCGCCUUCCCGCCCUCUCGCUGCCCUCGCAGCCGGGGGGGCGGCGCCGAGGGACCGCGCGUGUGGUGGGGCGCGGAGCGGAGCGGAGCGGGCAUCCGCCCGCCGUCCGCCCGAUCCGAUCUGAUCCGAUCCGGAGCGAGCCUCCGCGCCAUGCCGGCCGCCGCGCCGCCGCCGCUCCACCCCGCGGCGGGCUCCUGCUGCCCCUACGGCCACUGCGCGGGACGCCGAGGCUUGUUUGACCAAUCGUCACACAAUGCAAGCUCAAGAGUAAAAGAGAGGAAACUGCAAGGGACUUGUCCCCCCGUUGGACGUGGAAACUAUGGAAAACCAUGUUUGAGUGAAAGCAGUCACAGGUCCCCAUUUUUUAAUCCCCGUAACGGUUUUCACACGAUACAUUCAGAGCACAGUCCUGUAAAGCCAAGGAUUAUUACAGUGGUGAAACCUGGCGGACACACACUCAGGAGGAUAACCUUGCUUCUCAACAGGAGAUCAGUUCAGACCUUUGAACAGCUGAUGGCUGACAUUUCAGAAGCUCUGGGAUUUCCACGCUGGAAGAAUGACCGUGUGAGAAAGCUUUACAAUCUGAGAGGCAGAGAAAUCCGAAGCGUUUCUGACUUCUUCAGGGAAGGCGAUGCAUUCAUAGCUAUGGGGAGGGAGCCCCUCACUUUGAAGAACCUGGAAGUGGUAUUACAAGAACUUUAUCCUGAAAAUCCUUAUGCUGCCAGUGCUGCCAUUCAGCAGAACGAGGAGCAGUCCCAAAAACUGAAGAGCAGGCUGUACGACAAGGCUUUGAAAGUGGACAGUGGCUUUGAUGAGACAGAAAUUACCAAGAACUGCAGUGACGGCAUGUCUCCCAAAGUGAUCGCUGGACACGAAGGAAAAAGUCAAACCAAGACAAAGCAAGAAGAGAAAAUGAGAAACAAAAAAAAGUGGACUAGAGAGAGCUGGGGUGGUGAACAAGGAGUGAAGCCAUCUAGAAAAACCCGGGAAAGUGAGAGGUACCUUAACCACGAGAGGAGUCUUGAGGAGGGAUUAGAAGAGAGUUCAGAGGAGGUGGUGAGGUGUGAGAAGUGUGAACAGGAAAGGCAGGCCAGACAAAAGCUACAAAGAGAAAGGCGGGCUGAGGCCUCGUUUGAGAACAAAGACUUGAACACAGGCGCAUGUCAGAGGUACCAUGUUGAAAGAAAUGCAAAAAUCAGGAAUAGCCGAAAAUCUUCAGAAACUUGUCUGGAAGGUGAAGUAGUUGGUUGGAAAGAUAAUGGCUGUAGGAGGACAUGGAAGCCCCUACACAGGAAUGUUAAUGAAGGGCUGGAGAAGCAAAAAAGGAGUGUUGAGAAGGAAAGGGAUGUGGAGAAACAUGAAAACCAUGGGAAGGAAGUAGUAAAAAGCAAGAAGAAUGCUGUAGAAGGGCUAUCUCAUGAAGUGAAGGAAGAGAAUGGAAGUAGCUGCAUAAUCAACCAAAGUGGUUGGCUAAAGAAAGACACUUUGAGGGAUGCUGAGAAACCAUCUAAAACACAUAGGGAUGGCAGAGAGGGACAAAGGGCUAAAGACGAAAGUGCCAGAAGAGAGGGGAAUAUCAUGCGUAGAGAGAGUGACAUGACACGACGAGAAAAAACAGGGGAGCGCAGAGUCAAUAAAGAAGAAAACAAGGCUCAGGGAUUUGAAAACACAAGCCGGAGGCAUGCCAUUAAAAACAGAACUGAUGUGGAAAAACAGUAUGAGAUUGGCAGAACUAUUGGGGAUGGGAACUUUGCAGUGGUGAAGGAAUGCCGCCACUGCGACUCCAAUCAGAUCUAUGCCAUGAAAAUUGUUGAUAAAUCUAAGCUGAAGGGGAAAGAGGACAUGAUGGAAAGUGAAAUUCUGAUCAUAAGGAGUCUUUCUCAUCCCAAUAUAGUAAGCUUAAUUGAAGUGUAUGAGACAGAAGCUGAGAUCUACCUAAUCCUGGAGUAUGUCCCAGGAGGGGACUUAUUUGAUGCAAUCAUAGAAAGUGUGAAGUUCACAGAGCAUGAUGCUGCUGUCAUGAUCACUGACCUGUGUGAAGCACUGGUUUAUAUUCACAGCAAGAACAUUGUCCACAGGGACCUCAAACCAGAGAAUCUUUUGGUUCAACAUAAUGCAGAUAAAUCUACUACACUGAAACUAGCAGAUUUUGGCCUUGCAAAGCAGGUUACGAAACCCAUAUUUACUGUGUGUGGAACACCAACGUAUGUUGCCCCUGAAAUACUUGCUGAGAAGGGCUAUGGGCUCGAAGUAGAUAUGUGGGCAGCUGGUGUAAUCCUUUACAUUCUGCUCUGCGGUUUUCCCCCUUUUCGCAGUCAGGAUCGUGAUCAAGAAGAGCUGUUUCAGAUCAUACAGCUGGGUCACUAUGAGUUCCUUUCCCCUUACUGGGACAAUAUUUCUGCAGCAGCAAAAGACCUUAUAACCAGGCUGUUGAUUGUGGAUCCGCAGAAGCGCUACACAGCACGACAAGUACUUCAGCACCCUUGGAUCAGAACAGCUGGGAAAACUAACAGCAGAAAUUUGCAGAGGGAAGUGACAAUAAAUAUUGAGCGUCAUUUCCGGGCCCAGCGCCGAAAGGAAGUUGCAGAUGAUGACACAUGAAAUCUCCUCAAGCUUGUUUAGUCUUCUUUUUAUUGAUUAACAAAUUAUUUAUGUUUUCUUUUCUAAAUGAGUCCAGCCUUUAGUGUGUAAUUGUUGCUGGCCAUCGCCAUGCCUUUUUUUUGAUUCUGAGAUUCUGAAGAAGGACAGGGAUCAAAUUUGCAUCCACUUCCCUCUGAUGUUAUUUAAGAGUCUCUUUGUUGACAGCAGUAGGGACUAGAUAUUUCCUGGAGGGUAUCUAUUGUUUUUCUUUAAAUACUGAUUUGGGCUUUUACAUUACAAAAUGUAUAUCUUCUAGAUGACAAACGUUUGCUUCUGUGGCUAGCUGUCAUGAUGACUGUGAAAUGCUUUCUCUUGUCUGUUUUUGUAUGAUACCUUCCAGGAGUUUUCUGUUUAUAAUGUUUUCAAAAUAAUUGUCUGCAUACACACCCUGCACUAAUUCUUUAAACUGUCUUUUCACCAAUUCUUGCUAGCAAUGGAGAAGGUGAAGGAAUAAAAAAACCCAAAUAUAUUCUUCAGCUGUAGGAUAUGUUAAAUAAGCAACAACAUACUAUUUAUUGAGUUGUGAGGGAAGAAAAAUCCUUAUAGGCUAAAUUAGAUAUGAUAUCUCCCUUGGCAACAUCUUUCAUUAGAUGUUCUCACGUAUGGGGCAAUAGACUGUACAAUGUUUCUGUUAAACUAUGGUAGUGCUGUGUAGUAUGGCAGUUGCAUUUGUUUAUGAGAAGUGGGAAGAUAUCAUAGCUGAUAUCUUUUCAAGACUGUAAUAAUAACUUCCAAAGUGCUUUUCUUCCUCCUCUGCAAAAUAGGAAGUUAAGCAAUUCUAAGGGAACUUCGGUUCUUUUCCCAAAGGUGUAUUUACGGAAUGAUAACCCAAGUGCUUUUUCAUACUGAUUUUUUUCUUAGGAGCCAUCCGUGUGCAUCUGUGGCUCUCCCAUGCUGAUGGAGAAGAGAAAGCUAUGCAGCUGCUUUUGUGGCUUAAGUUAACCCUUACCUUCAUGGUUCCCCUUUCAUCAACACACUUCACAGCUGAAUUGCUUUGAUACAGUGUUCCAGUGUAGUUUAGCAAUUGUUUGUGGUUUUUUCCUGUUGCCUUCCCUGGGAACUCUUUCUCCUUGUUUCCAUGAGAAUGGGCAAUGGGAUGAAAUUACAUUCAAAUUCAACUCGGGGGAAAACUAACAACUUGUUGGCUAUGGAAAGGUCUCCCAGGGGAAGUGUCAGAUGCUUCAUUCAUUGCAUAUGUUUUUUUAAUAAUUUGAUUGGAUGCAGUUUUAAAGAAAUAUUGGGGGGGGGGGGGGGGGGAAUACAGUCCUGAGAAGGGCCGUGACCUAGAAAAGCUUUUGAAUCUCAGAAUUUUUGGUUAACUAAUCCAAUCCAAAAAGCACUUCAGUUGUCUGUUUUAUAAUGCUUUGUCCAUGAGUUCCAUGUGCUAGCAAAUAAUAUUGAUGUUAAAAUAUUAGUGGUAUUAGCAUUGAAUUCAUAGCCUAUAGAAAUGAAUGAGGUUAUUUUACAGUUGCAGUGCUGCUGCUCUGUCUAUGUAUUUCAUAAUGAGAAAUGUCAGAAGCAUUUCAGAAUGAGUAGAACAUUUUCAUAACUAUAUGAACCAGAAUAUUAUUUUGGUGAGUGCUAAUAUUUUAUGUGAACUUUCUGAAUUACCAAAAAGUGUGAGGUACUGUCGUCAUGGUUCUGUUUCAACUUGUGACAGUUUUGCUGCAAGAAUGAUGUAUGAAAGUAGAGACAACUUGGCUCUUAAAGGAGAAUUGCACUUUCAAUUGAUCUGGCUUAUUUUUAAUGCAUAUUGGAAUAAGACUUGCUGUGGAGUUCAAGAAUUUGUGAAACAAACCAGUGAAAUCUUAACUGUAUGCCUAAGUAGUAUGUAUAUGAUAUGUCAUACCUCUGCUUUCGAGGCACUGAAUCAGGAAGAGUUUCCCUUUUCCCGAAAACAAGAAUGGAUUUAAGUGCUUCCCUGAGUUAAGGCUAUGUGUAACCUCAUAUUCUAAAUGCAUUACAUGGUUUGUAAGUACUAGUAAUAACUUCUCCUCUGUUAAUUUAAGUCUAUUUUGGAUAGGAAGCUGUGGAAAAAUAGCUUCUGACUUGCAAUAUUAUUAUAUUGUAAUUAUCUUAUUUUUAAUAUAGUCAUUUAGGAAUAAAGUUUGAAGUGACAAAAAGAAUACUUUAUCAGCAAUGAAUCUGACAGUUUGGAGAUUGUGUUAUGAGUUGCCUUUUUCACCUUUAAGAACCUGUCUAUAGCCUUAUUCAUAGUGCAGAAGGUAGAGAAUUUGCUUGGAAUGAAUAUAAAAGUAAUUAUUUUUUCAAAGGUUUUGUUUUUCUCUCAAGUUCUCUGGUUCCCAGACAGACUAUAUGUGGACUGUGUUGUGUGCUGUCACUGCAUUGCACCUGCAAGUACAGACACUGCUGUGGCAGCGCUGAGGGACUGUUUUGUUGGUGUUCCUAAUAGACACGUGGCGUUAGGCCCUCCUUCUUCAGGUUGGAGACUGGCAAGGCUUCCGGGUACUUCUCAGGGUUUUUGCCUCUUCCUUUCUCCUACUUAAAUGUUCCUUUUUUUCUCCCAUUGCUUCCAGUAUUCUUGCUCUACCUCUGUGCUGCUCUAAGGAGUUAUGGUCAUUACCUGAAGCAAUGAGAACACAUGAUUUUGGUGAGCUCAGGCAUUGCUUGCUGAUGUUGAAAGUUAGGAAGAUUAGAGAGGACUCAGCCAAAAAAAAUGGUGAAAGUCCAUUAUUGGUCUCAAAGAUCUCCAGUGUCCCCUCAUCUCCUACUCCCUUUUCUCAAGCUUUUCUCUUCCCACUGCAUGACAUUCCAAUGCAGACCUGAUCUUUAUGCCCUAUAAGACACUUUCGAAUACAUGAACCAAAUUCACACUCUAGAGGUGAGGAUUUUUGCUGUUCUUACUUCCUUUCCUGAGGUUUUUCUAAUGAUUACUGUCUCGUUGGGUUCUGGAGUCAUCUUCCUCUUAUGCUUGCAUUUCUUGAUUGGUUCAUUUCUCUACAGGAAGUCUGAGGAAACUCAAAGCUGGGGAAGAUUGAAGUCUCACAGAGAGCGAGUUCUUGCCUAUUUUUUAGGAAGAAGAAAUAUCCCUCCUUGCCUUUUGUUAAAUCUUUGUGAUUUAGACUCUUAUAUGGCCUUAUACUCCCCUGAAAGUAGAACUAGUUAUAGUGUCCCUAGCUCUUUAGAUACUGACAAUGAAGAAAGUCAGAAUGUACUGCCAAGAAAAACAAACAAACCCCAGAAAAGCUAAGUCAAAGUAUGAAGUCGUAUUGCAGACCUCAAUAGAAAAUAUCCACUUACAGAGGAUUUGCUAGGUCUAAGACAACAGAAGGGAAGAACCUGUUGGUUUCCUGAAAUCUUUUGCAAAUCAGCUGGGAAGGAAUCCUUUCGUGCCUCUUAAAGGUGCUGGUUGAUUGCUGUCUCACAACCAGAGAGCCUGACCGCGUUCUAGUUAUUCCAGUGUUGCUUCUUUACUGUAUGGUACUGACUAUUCCAAAAUUUUUCUCUCUUUAGAAACCAGAGACCCUGACUCUCCAUUAUGUUUUAACCAUAGACUUGGCUAUUCUCUAGGUGGUUGCACUUUUUAAGCACUCUCUCAUAUUUUCAUUUCCUAACUGUAAGACUUCUCAGACUUUUGAGGCCAAGAUCCAAACAUAUACAAUUGGGUCAUCAAUAUUUCAUUUCCUAGUGACACACGUGCCUCAUAGUCAGAAUUGGUUUUGUUUAUUUUUUUUAAUUACUGGAUCAGCACUUAAAGUCACAGUGAAGGCUUCCAACUACAGUAGUGACAGAAGCGGUCAACUGCAGGAUAGUUGGGGUCUACAUAAGAAAGUGCUACUCCCAGAGAUCAGCCAAAAAGUCCUAUGAAGCAUUCUGAGCAUCCUUGAAAGCCAGCGUUACUAGCUUUAUACAUUAUAAACCUUCCUUGACUGCGUUAAGGGUUUCUGAGUAUUAACUCUAGGCUUUUUCUGUCAGAGUUGCUGCCUAUGACUGACCAACUAUGUAGUAACUCUCUCCAGUGGUACACUUUCCACUUCCUAAACAUAAAGCGGUCCCUGAAUAUCCCCCUCCAUUUGUCCACCAAAGUCUACUUCACUUUCGUGUAUGCUGUUACAUUGCAUUGAUCCUAGACCUCACCUGUUUUCUAUCACCUAUCAUCUGCUUACUGUCACCUACCUAUCUUAUCCCCUCAGAUGACUUAUUACUGAAAGGUGGUGAAAUCUUCUCAUACUAUUAUGGUUUCCUUUAGGACAUGCUGGCCACAUACAAAACAAUUACCAGAAAUGGGAAAUAAGAAUGUGGCCAGUGCAGAAAAUGAGCAAAAUUUUUUGAAAGUGUUAAGGCGUCUGAAAGCGUGCAAAAGGUAGUAACAUUUCAUGUUGCAUAGUGCUUAACUGCCUUUAAAUUAACAGUUGUAAUUUGGUCCCUGUCUGUACUUCAGUCACCUAAUAUUUAAAAAUGUGUGCCCAAGAGAUGGAAACUUGGCAGUGCAGCAGAGAUGCUAUUUCCUCUGAGACACAGACACUCCAAUUUCUCUUACUCAGGGACUCCUUCAUCUGAGAUUUGUUUAGCUACUCUGUGGAUCAGCUGAACUCGGAGACCAUUAAAUCUGCCAUCUCAGUAUACUGUUCUGACUGGCAUGAUAGGUGCACCUGUUGGUAGGGUAAAAGAGGGGUAGUGGAACGUUAUCCUCUGAGCUUGAGUCUUUUGGGUGAUGUUCCUACUGUGAAAGUGAAAUUUCUGGAGUUGACUGCUUGCUUUUCUGCAGAUACCUGGGUUUGGGGCGAUGUUCAGUCUGCUUGAGAAUACAGUAAGUUUGCUGUGCUUAUAAACUGAUCUUCCCAAAGACAAAUAAGUAUUGGUCUGAAAUCUUCCUCCUGACAUUUCUUCUGUCGCCCCGAUUUCUUUUAAUUUAAGCAGUGUAUGGAAAAUGCUUUUUAUGUUGCUGGGCAUGCAUUUUUCUGUCUUCUCUGAGUCCACCAGUACAACUCUCUACUGUUGACAUUCUUGCUCCUGAAAGGAGCAUAGGCAGUUUAACUGGGCUAACAGUGUAUACUGGCACUGUUCUACAGGAUGGUUUAUUUGCAACUGGGCUGAAGGUGUCAUUUUCUAAAGUAAAAUACAUCAUACACUUCAACAGAAAAGUGGUUGUUCCCCCUGCCAAUAAAGGCAAACUGUAUAAUGAAUGUUAUAUUUCAAUAUUCUUCCAAAAUAUUGGGAAACAAUUGCGUGGCCAAGUAUUUGGAGUUGUGGUUUGUGUUGGUUUUGUGACCCUGUCCCCCACCCCUGAGUUUAUCUCUUUGGGAAAUACUUGUUUUAAAAGGUUUGCAAUUUCUUUAAGUAUCGUGUGUACGUUCAUUUACACUUAGAAGGACCCAUUCUAACGCUGCAGUCCUUGGAAUGCUUACAGAUGUGUUUUUCUUUGCUGCUGUUUUAAAUCCCACUAAAAUCAACACAAUUCUUUGCAAAACUGGAGCUGAGAUUCAUUCUAACGCUGUUUUUGUCUCUACUGCAUUAAUCAUGUCCGCUCUGAUAUUAGAGCAAUCAUGACAAGCAGAGCUAGUUUCAUUGAAGCUUAAUGCAGACAGAACUGAACCCUCCCACCAUUAAUUCUUAUUCUGUAACAUUAAAGUCUGUUUCGAAAAAGGUUUGCUUUGUUUGUGGAAACAGGCAUUCUAGUUGAAAUUGAGUUGAUUGCAAAAGUGGCUUUUUCAAAGGACACAGUUUCUGUAGUAGCUUGUGUUUAUUUCAGUUCUGUUAUUAAAAAUGGUAUUUUCCUGUAGGCCUGCAAUAUCAGCUGAAGCAGUGGAAAUAAAAAUGCAUCUAAUAUAUUGAUGGUGUUUUCGAAGAAACUACCUUCUCUGGAUGUGAGCAUGUGUGAUAAAGCCGCUGCCAGUGAGAAUCAGUGCAGGCUCUCAUUUAUUACAUGUUGGUACUUAAAGAGACCGGAGCCUUCCCACUACUCUUAGAAUAACUGUAGAUGGUUAGGAAUGGCUGUCCUUUUGUGAUAAUCACACAUCUUAAUUGCAGUGCAUUUUAAUGGUAUGUAUAGGCAGCUAAUUAAAAUGAUUUAAUGCUUUGCUGUUAGGAGUGGGAUUCAGCUGUGUUUCCUGUGUUUAGUGGUUGAAAUCAAUAUCUUCACGCUCUUCUUCUCGAUGCUACAUGCUGUUUCUUUGGAAAAGAAGAGAUGACCCUUGUAUCAUCCAGUUGGCGGACUCCCUCUGUUGCUUUGUGUUAUAAACAGGUGCUGUAUUCCUGCAGACUUUUAUCUUUUGAAAUUAGAGCUGUUUUGAUAAUGUAGCAACUGGAAAAACAGAAAAAGUAAAUCUAGUAACAUUAAACUGACACUAGAAAUAUAUUGUGUUUUCUGAAUUCAGAAACUGAAACGAAGCUGGAACCAUAUAAAAAUUUAGAGAAAUGCAAGAUUAUUCCUGUAGUAAGUGUUUCAGCAAUUCAAGCAAUAAGAAUAUUUGACCUAGUGAGAGCACUGAGCCGUGCAGUACACUGCUAGGGAUAAGUAGGUGCUACAACAGUCAACUGAAAGUGAUUUGAGAUUCCUGUCUUGGAUAAAGGGAGCAGGACUGAAUAUGAGGUUCUCCUCAUGUCUGGAAAAACGUGAUGCAUCAUUUAACAGAAGGUUAUUCCUGUGUCCUCAUUGCUGUGUUAGUCGGUAAAGCUUUCUAGAUUUCGGUGACAACCACUGUAUUGUAAAAAGGCAUUUCUCAUGAAGAAUUUCAGUGUAAAACAUUUUAGAUAAUGUUUAAUGUCAAGGUUUUCAACAAUGAAUACAAUUUUUCUAGAAAAUGGAAGUGUGUGAUCAUUAACUGCUAUAGUGAGUUGUCAGGCAAACCUUACUGCUGGAUUUUCAGGAAGAGUGCAGUCUUGUGGUCCGAAGCAUUUGCAACUGCCCAGCCUGCAAUGUCGACAGUUCUAAUGGCAUUGUAAUGCUUCAGCAGAUAAACUUGUUAUUUAACAGGCUCACAAGAAACCUAUGUGCCUAGUGUAAAGAUGAAAUUAAAUGAGUUGAAUACAUUUUAUUCAUUUCAGCAUUUCUGGAAACAUACUGGCAAAACCAGUGUUUACAGGGUGACUGAUGGGUGGAAGAUGUAUUACUGACCAGUAUUUCAAAUGGAAGUGUGAUGUUGGGUCCUUAAAAACACAAGCUUGCAAACUGUUCGGCUGAAGGCCAGCACAUGUUCCAGUAGGGUAUUAUUUCUAUGUACUUUAAGCAAAAAAAGAGGGAAAGGCACACCAUGUAAGGUGGCCCCUCGCCAAAAGAAGACAAGAAUAUGAAAGAAAAAAGUGGAAAAAAAAACCUGAGAGGAAAAGCUAAAGAAAAACUUAACUUUUUCCAAAAUGUUUUAUUUUCUUACGUAAAUCAAUGCUGUGGACAAGUCAAACAAAGCUUUAUGAGUGAAAUAAAAUAAUGUUUUUUCCCUUG